AUGAGAUUUAGACAAAUUCAACUGGCUCUACGAGAGAAGCUCUCGCCACCACUUCGAAUAGGUAUUCGUACGCAACUUACUGCCUUGGUGUGCAUCGUUGCGCUGGUAUCACUGAUAAUCCUAGCUAUCACUACUGGGGUUUACUUCACUUCAAAUUAUAGGAACCUUAGGUCUGACAGACUGUUAAUGGCUGCUCAGCUAAAAUCUUCCCAAGUUGACCAAAGUUUGAACUACCUUUACUAUCAAUGUUACUGGUUGUCCUCGAGAGACACAAUACAAACAGCGUUAGCAAACUAUGUUUCAGGGAAUAAAACCUACGAAAAUUGGCUAGAUGCCACAAGCGUAAUACAGAGGUUUCUAGCUUCUUCGGCGUUAUUUUCCGUCGUAAGAGUUUAUGAUGCAGGCUUUAAUGCGGUUCUCAACUCUACCAAUAAUGGAACCGGUGACUUGCUGCCUGUAGAUAUCCUUAAUGAGUUAUUACCUUUAUCAAGUGAUAUAGCUCUGCCGUCUUCAUUAGAAACACAAGGUAUGCUUACAGAUCCAGUAUUAAAUGAUACCACCUACGUGAUGUCCAUGUCCUUGCCCAUAUAUGCAAAUCCAUCCAUUAUUUUGAGUGAGCCAAGAGUGUACGGAUAUAUCACCUUAAUAAUGUCCGCCGACAGUAUAAAAAGUGUCUAUAGCCUUAAUGCAACAACUGGCUUGGAUUUGACGAAUUUUCUUCUGGUUUCCGCGGUGUAUAAUAGUUCGGAGAGAUUAAACGGAUACCGUUUUGUAUUUCCAUCAGAAGGAUUAUCGUCACAAAUCUUGCAUCAAGUGUUUGAGAUAGAUAACGAUACCUUUUUGAAUCCAGCGCUCAGAGAAGGGGAUUCAGGAAGUGUUACACAUGAGGAGUUUCUCGGCGGUUCGUACGCAAUUGGAUACUCUCCAAGCAGCUUCAUGUUUGUAAACUGGAUUUCCAUAGUUCUCCAAUCCGAAGCAGUGUUUAUGGAGCCAUCUACCAGGCUUGCCAAGAUUAUAAGUGGUACUGUGGUAGCCAUUGGUGUCUUUGUAUGUAUGGUGACUCUUCCACUGACACGCUGGGCCGUGCAACCUAUUGUUCGUUUGCAAGCUGCUACUGAACUUAUUACAGAAGGUCGAGGACUUCGCUCAAGUACUCCUGGUGGCUCUGUUAGUAGAAGCAGCUCAUUUAUCCAUCGACGCCCAAGUCGUACCAGCUCCCUUCAUUCUCUUACAUUCAACGAGAAGGGUGGCACAAUUGAUGGAAGUGGUAGAUAUAGUGGAAGCUAUGCAGCUGAUGGAUCCUUAAAUCAUGAUAAGGUGGCGCAGAACUCCACUGGUAGCAGCAUUAACGAUGGCAGUUCCAAUAGAUCGAAGAAAUUGACCACAUCAGCUAACUUGAUAGAGGCAAGGGUUCCCGUUUAUAGAAGAGUCUUUUCGGAUGAGCUUUCUGAAUUAACGGAUACUUUUAACACAAUGACAGAUGCGCUUGACCAGCAUUAUGCGCUACUAGAGGAUAGAGUGAGGGCAAGAACUAGACAGCUUGAGGCUGCCAAAAUCGAAGCAGAGAAAGCCAACGAGGCAAAAACGGUUUUCAUCGCCAAUAUAUCACAUGAAUUGAGGACUCCGCUUAAUGGUAUAUUAGGAAUGACAGCAAUAUCGAUGGAAGAGAGAGAUAUUGAUAAAGUUCAAAACAGUUUGAAGUUAAUAUUUAGAUCCGGUGAAUUAUUGCUGCAUAUCCUUACCGAACUGCUGACAUUCUCAAAGAACGUAUUACAGAGAACAAAAUUGGAGAAAAGAGAUUUUAACAUAACUGAUGUAGCUUUACAAAUCAAAUCGAUUUUUGGAAAAGUCGCGAAGGACCAGGGGGUAAAGUUAUCAAUUAUUAUGUCUCCCAACAUGAUUAGAAGAAUGAUAUUGUAUGGUGACUCUAACAGAAUAAUUCAAAUUGUCAUGAAUCUGGUAUCUAAUGCCUUGAAAUUCACACCCGUGGAUGGUAAAGUCAACGUGCGCAUAAAACUGAUGGGUGAAUACGACCUGAAAAAGAGUACCGAAGGUGACCACAGAAUUGUCCAUAUAAUAGAGGAUACGCAACCCGCUGAUGAUAUGCCUCAAACACCUGGACAUAAACCAGAUGACGAGGCAAACUUAUCUGAUAAAACGAUUGAUGCUACUCUAUCCGCUAACACUGACGAGACAGACGACGGCCACAGCGAUUACAAGAUAGAAAAGCCUGAUGAUUAUGAUAGCUCCUCUCUAAUUUCAAUCAGCACAAGUUCCUAUGAUGAUACAAUAUUCCAUAGUCAGUUUAAGAAGACAACGUGUACCCUAGAAGCUGAGAAUGGAGAAGCACUAGAGAAUCCAAAGACCUGGGUGAUCUCCAUUGAAGUUGAAGACACAGGCCCAGGAAUCGAUCCUUCACUACAGGAAUCCGUAUUCGAACCUUUUGUUCAAGGCGAUCAAGCCUUAUCAAGACAGUACGGUGGUACAGGUUUAGGUUUAUCCAUAUGUAGGCAAUUAGCAACCAUGAUGAAUGGGACAAUGAAGCUGGACUCCACACUAAAUGUAGGUAGUAAAUUCACGUUCACUGUACCUUUAAUCCAAACAAGAGAAAUUACUGUCGAUACUGAUAAUCCGUUUGAGGAUGAGUUCAAUCCACGGAGUAAAAAGAAUAGGAAAGUAAAGUUUAAAUUGGCAAAAAGUGUCAGAAGUAAAUCUUCGCUAGUAAAUUCUAGCCCCAAGGCUGCAUCAAAUGUUAAGAAUUUAGUGGAAAAACAUUCUGAUAUGACAAAAAAUAAUGGAAGCAGCCAAAGUUUAUCCAGCGUUCCGUUAGACAGACCUUUCCUGCAAAGCACUGGUACAGCAUUGUCUAGCAAAGCCCAUGAGAAUCAAUCAGCUGUUAGUAAACCAUUCAAAAUAUUGGUUGCCGAAGAUAAUCAUGUUAAUCAAGAAGUAAUUAGGCGAAUGCUCGUUUUGGAAAACAUUGGAACUAUAGAUUUGGCGUGUGAUGGGCAAGAUGCAUUCGAAAACGUUCAAGCAUUACAAAAAAAAAAUGAACAUUAUGAUCUCAUUUUCAUGGAUGUUCAAAUGCCGAGAGUCGAUGGACUUUCGGCAACGAAGAUGAUUCGCGGUGAUUUAAAUUAUAAAUAUCCCAUUGUUGCACUAACAGCAUUUGCCGACGAAAGCAACAUUAAAGUCUGCUUAGAAGCUGGUAUGGACGGGUUCCUAUCGAAGCCUAUAAAAAGACCAAAAUUAAGAACAAUUCUCGAAGAAUACUGCCCUGAAUAUAGCGCCAACAAAGCGCAAGAUAAAACAUAA